AGAUUCUUCCUUUUACUCUGCUUCUAGUGCAUGGUUGAUCUUCAAAAAUGAAGCUGAACAGCAAAGUGACAUCCUCGAGGAGAAAAAACCGUAAGGCCCACUUUUCUGCGCCUUCCAGUGUACGAAGAAAACUUAUGAGUGCACCUCUGUCCAAGGAGCUUCGCCAAAAAUACAAUGUCCGCUCAAUGCCGAUCCGAAAAGACGACGAGGUUCAGGUCACACGUGGCCAUUUUAAGAGCCAACAAGUUGGAAAAGUGAUCCAAGUCUACCGCAAGAAAUGGAUCAUUCACAUUGAAAGAAUCCAAAGAGAAAAAGCUAACGGAGCCACUGUCAGCGUGGGCAUUCACCCAAGCAAAGUAGAGAUUAUCAAGUUGAAGCUUGACAAAGAUCGCAAGAAGAUCUUGGAGAGAAAGAACAGAUCAAAGUUGGCCGAGAAAGGAAAGCACACAGAGGAAGAGGUGCAAGCCAUGUCAACAGAAUAAAUGGAUUGCUGAAGAAAUGCUACCAAUCAGUUCAUUUUACAUCUCAAACGAAACUCAAUAAAAAUCUUUUGAGACUAAA